UUUGUUGGCAGACAUUAUGUAAAAUAGUUGACUACAAGACAUGUAUCACAAGAAAACACUUUUGGCACACUUUGUGGUCAAUUGGUGGCGAAGAAGUGGUCAAACAUUUCGCUAUAACUAUAACUCGAAAACGAGUCACUCUUUGGUCGAAAUUCAACCCAAAGAACUGGUCAAAAAGCUAAGGAAUGGCUAUUUGGAGAGCUGUCGAAGAACUCAUCCCGAUCUCAAUGACCACCAAAACGAUGAUACGAAUGGAGAAGAAUUUGGUGCCAUUAAGAGUGCCUAUCAUUUACUGAAAGAAUAUCUCAGAACUAAAGACAAUGAGAAUAAGGAGUACUUGAAAGCAGUGGAAGAGAAGGAGGAAGAAGAGGAGGAGAAUAAGGAGAAGCAUAGAGUGGCUCAACACCGGCAGUACCUGUCGAUGGAUGGCGUGGGCUUUGGGACACCGACUGAGAGACAGAAGUUCUUCGAAAAGCAUCGACUCAUGAAAGCCACGGAUCGCGUGAAUGAGUUUCAGAUGAAUAAAAUCAAAUCAGAUUAUGAUUUGUCUGAAAAAGACUUGAUUUCUAUAAAGAGCUCUAAACUCCAAAGAGACGCCAAAGUAAGACAAGGAUUCGAGCGUUUGGUUGAAGAUUUGAUCCAAGAGUCCAUAGCUCGGGGAGAGUUUGAUAACCUUCCGGGUUAUGGGAAGCCUCUGAAGGAUCGACCGGAAUAUCCUUAUUUGGAUACAACUACUGUUAAAUUGAAUGAAAUCCUAAUAAACAAUGGUUUUGUUCCCGAAUGGGUUCUUCUCGAACAGUUACAGUCUAUGGAAGACAUCAGUUAUUUGCGACAGACUUUGCAGGUCGAGAAGACCAGCGAUGAGGCGCUCAAGUAUUUCGAGACACAGUUGGAUGAGGCACAUGGAGGCGCCUGGUCUACCAAACUCGACUGGUUCUUCCAUUCGGUCAAACAUAGCUCAAAGACUUAA